AUGGAGCAUAUACAAGUGAACCGGAGCGAAGCAGAACGAUUGGCGCCGUCGCCUCCAACGCUGCAUACUCCGCCGCAAGGUAUGCACCAGAGGGAUGUGGACGAGGAUGACGAGAACGUGAAUCAGCUCGAUGAAUGUUCUUCCCUGUAUCGCCUGAUGCAGGAUUGUGUUGUUCGAUCAAACAGGAAUUGGAAAGUAUGCCAGCCAGAAGUACAUGCUUUGAGGGAAUGCUUUGAAAAGAGAAAGAAAAUGCAAGGAAAGUAG